AAGUGUUGGAAACUUGAAAGUACGAACAAACCCAAAUCAUCGGAAGAAUCGGAGCACGAAUUGAAGCUGGGUUUGUGGCCAGGUCGGCGAUCUCGGCCUUCAAAAUCGGAGUCCUCUCCAUCUCAACCCAGCCAAACACCCCCUAACAUAUCUUCCAUUUUCAGAAUAAGAGAAGAAUAUUUCCCCAGAAAAGGAAAAAAAAAAAAAAACAGAACCAGAGAGAAAAGAAUUGGGCGGUGGAAAUUUUUUGGCCUGCCGGACUUAUUUAUUUUUGUUUUGCCUUUUGGCUCGUGAAUUCCACCUCCCCUUUCUCCAGGUUUCUGCCAUUGGUUGUUCGGAAAGUCCGGUUUUCUAGGGAGAAUUUACUAAAAGGUUACAGUGUCGAUCUUGGUGGAGUUGGUUAAUUGAGUUAGAUUUUGUGUAGUUUUUUUUGAAGAUUUGUCUUGUAUUUUUGGUGGAGCUAGGGCUCUUGUUGUGGGAUUCCGAGACUUUUUGUUUUUGUUGAUGUGGGGUUUGAUGUGUUGCUUCGGAUUGAGUAAAAUUGGAAUUGGUGAGAAGUAAAAGGUUUCGAUGAAGUGGCAAUGAAGUGUGUAGAAGAGAAAUGGAGGUUAGAUCUGAGGGUAGUUUACAGGUGAGGUGCGAUAAGCUUCCAGCUCCGGUGAUUCCAAGGACUCGUCUUCAGGUGUGGUUUAUUCGUGUGUGCUCCAGCAUUUUGCUAUGGACGUGUCUGGUGCAGUUGGUUGCAGUGGGGGAGCUAUGGCAUCCGCGUUUGCUAACUGGAAUAUCAUCCCACUUAUCUCGGAUAACUCCGUAUCCGUUGCACGUCGAAAAGGCUAUUUUAUCGCCUCCUCCUCGUCCUCUCCCUGCAAGGAGCUACCAAAGCAAUGGUUUUCUUAGAGUUUCUUGCAAUGGGGGCUUGAACCAAAUGCGGGCUGCGAUCUGUGACAUGGUCACUGUUGCUCGGUUUUUGAAUCUCACUCUAGUAGUCCCAGAACUUGAUAAGACAUCUUUCUGGUCCGACCCUAGUAAUUUUGAGGAUAUCUUUGAUGUGAGACAUUUCAUUGAAUCACUAAGAGAUGAAGUUCGCAUUGUCAAAAGGCUGCCUAAGAGGUUCAGCAGGAAGUACGGAUACAAGCAACUUGCCAUGCCCCCUGUCAGCUGGUCAAAUGAAAAAUAUUACUCUGAACAGAUUCUGCCACUUUUCAGUAAAUACAAGGUGAUACAAUUCAACAAAACAGAUACACGCUUGGCAAACAAUGGGCUCCCACUUGAUCUUCAGAAACUCAGGUGUCGUGUUAAUUUCCAGGCACUGAAAUUCACUCCUCAAAUUGAGGCUUUGGGGCACAAAUUGGUUCAUAUUCUUCAGGAAAAGGGACCUUUUGUAGCUUUGCAUUUAAGAUACGAGAUGGACAUGCUGGCUUUCUCAGGUUGUACUCAUGGCUGCACUGAGGAAGAAGCUGAGGAACUCAAGCAGAUGAGGUAUGCAUAUCCUUGGUGGAGAGAGAAAGAGAUAGUGUCUGAAGAGAGGAGAUUACAAGGUUUGUGCCCUCUCACACCAGAGGAGGUGGUUUUAGUUAUGCAAGCACUGGGUUUUGAUAAGGGCAUACAGAUCUAUAUUGCAUCUGGUGAGAUUUAUGGCAGUGAACAGAGACUGGCAGCACUAAGAGCAGCAUUUCCAAAGAUUGUGAAAAAGGAAAUGCUGCUAGGCCCAGAAGAAUUGCAGCAAUUCCAGAAUCAUUCCUCUCAAAUGGCAGCCCUGGAUUUCAUGGUCUCUAUUUCCAGUAAUAUUUUCAUCCCCACCUACGAUGGGAACAUGGCAAAACUUGUGGAAGGCCACCGCAGGUACCUUGGAUUUAGAAAAUCCAUCCUACUAGAUCGAAAAGCACUUGUGGAAUUGCUAGAUUUGCAUCAGAAUGGGACUCUUUCGUGGAGUGAGUUUGAAGUUUCUGUCCGGCGGGCACAUGACAAAAGGAUGGGACAACCAACUCGUCGAAGAGUUAUUCCAGACAAGCGCAAGGAGGAAGAUUAUUUUUAUGCAAAUCCUCAAGAGUGCCUCUGCGAGAGAGCAAAUUGUGAUGACCUACUAGGCCCUAGCAACCUAAGUACAGUGCGGUGAGGUAAGUGGUGAAGCUAAAACUCACCCUCAAAUCGUGUUUCUGUGGAUUUUCUGAAUGGGGUGCAUAAUCCAUGACCCUGUCAUCGCAGGGCUUAAGGGCUUAAACGGCCAUGUAUACGCAAAGUAACGAGUUCUGUAACGAACGGCAGAAAGGAAAUUUGAAGUUCCCAUUUGGGAAUUUAAAAAUGGGUUCAUUCCUUUGUUUAAAUUUUUAUUCAUUCCGUGGUUCAUAUUUUA